GUGAAUUUUAGAGAGUUCGCACGAGUCGAAAUUUGGCAGAGAAAGUUGGACUUUUCUUAGAUUUAUAAGUGUGUAGGAGCGAAAUUGUUCACUCAGUGCACAUAGAUUGACUUAGAAAGACCGUAAUUAUUAACCAAAGGAUAGUUUAGACUAGGAGAUUACAGGAACAGUUUUACAAGUUUUAUUAGUCUCAACAUUACUUUCUCUGAAAGUUUCUGAUAAUUUUAUCAACUGUGAUUAUUGAAACCAUACACAAAGCUACUUCCAACAAAAACACUAGAACUCUUAAUUUUCACUUGGGUAAGUUACUUGCUCUCAGGACUUUUAAGUGAAGCGAGCCAUUUGGAACAGUAUAAUGUCAGGAAUAAAGUUUUUAGCGAUCGCAGUAGGGGUCCUCUGCGUCUUGGAGUUUGCGAGUGCAGGAUGUGGCCCUCACCAUAAACGGGUGAACGCGAUGUGUUGUCCAGGACGUAAUAAUACCUGCGUUGCCCAUGGAGCAAGAAUGAACCAUAAGCAUGCCAACACUAAACGAUGCUACUGCGAUGAAGAUUGUCUGAGACUUGGCGAUUGUUGCACAGAUUACCCAAACGUCUGUGAAGCUCAAGAUUGUGUCCUUGGAGAAUGGGGUGAAUAUUCAGAGUGCGACAGAACAUGCGGAAUGGGUACAUCUAUCAGAAAGCGUCCUAUCUUAGUACCAACUAAAAACGGUGGUAAAGAGUGUGAUGCCCGUAUCCAAAAACGAACUUGCUUCGGACGAAGAUGUAAAACCCAAAGAGGUCUCAGACACAAAGUACAGAGAG